UUUAUAUGAGGAUGAGAUUCAAUUAAAAAUAUUUUAUAUUCUUAAAUGAAGAGAGUAUCAGACCACGUCCUUCUCCUCUAUUUAUUUGUUGGACAUUAUUCGACUCAUGGGUCACUUUAACUCCAUCAACUCCUGGCUUUCUUAUCUAGAAUCGUAGAAUUUCAACUUCUCCACAUCCAUCCACCAUUUCUAUAUGCUCAGAGGAAUGGAGAAACCAGGAGCAAGUUCCAUAACUAUAUCAGCACAACAACUUCAAAGCGCUAUUUCACCUCAGUCUAGGAAGCCUUCCCUUCAUCUUCUAGCUCAUUCUAUAUAUCUAAUGAGGAUUUCAAAUCUCUCCUUUAUGACAAUCCUCGCAAAAAAAAUUGAUUCAGAAGAGCGAAGAGAUAAGUACCCAAGUGUAUGUGUUCCCCUUCACAAAGCAGCCGUGAAAGGUGAUUGGAGAGCAGCGAAGCACAUCUUAGAGAAAGACUGGACUUUAGUUUCUGCUGCCAUAACCAUGCGGCGGGCAACGGUUCUCCAUGUGGCGGUCGGAGCAAACCGCACUCGCUUUGUCGAUGAGCUGGUGAAGAUUAUGUGUCCAGAAGACUUGGAAUUGCAAGACGUGAAUGGGAACACCGCUUUUUGCAUUGCUGCAGCAACUGGGAAUUUACAGAUUGUUCAGAUAAUGAUGAGGAAAAAUAAGAACUUGCCAACAAUAAGGGGUGGUGCAGGAAUCACCCCUCUUCACGUGGCUGCUUUACAGGGAAGAAGGGAAAUGGCAUGGUAUCUAUACUCUGAUAAAACUGUUGUUAAGGUUUUUGAAGAUAAUGACUGGAUCAUACUGUUAUUCUGCUGUGUCAACACUGGAAUCUAUGAUUUAGCCUUGGAGUUGCUUGAGAAGAGACCAGAUCUAGCUUUUAAAAGGGAUCAAGCUAAUGAGACGAUAUUGCAUAUAUUGGCCAGAAAGCCUUUAGGUUUGAAACAAGCUCAUCAACUUCGACUUGUAAAAUAUUUGUGGAGUAUAUUUCUUACUCGAGACGACAAGGAGAUUUUGGGCAAUAUAAGAGUGCCUUCACAUGUAGUAUUUGAUGCCAUAGAAGUUGGAAAUUUUGAGUUUCUAGCUGUGCUCACAAGUACCUAUCCUGAUUUAAUAUGGGAAGUUGAUGAAAGAAAUCGAAGUAUAAUUCACAUUGCCGUUUUUCAUCGUCAUGCUAAUAUCUUUAAUCUCAUACAAGACAUUGGCCCAAUCAAAGAUUUCAUUGCAAGUUUUUUGGAUAGCAGAGAUCAAAGCAAUUUAUUGCAUAUGGCUGCAAAAUUAGCACCGCAAGAUCGACUGAACUUAGUUUCUGGAGCGGCAUUUCAGAUGACCGUUGAGUUGUCAUGGUUUGAGGAGGUGAAGAAGAUAUCUCCACCAUCAUUCAUAGAGAUGAAGAAUGCAGAUGGCUUGACUCCUCACCAACUGUUCAUAAAAGAGCAUAAAGAGUUACUGAGUGAUGCAGAAUCAUGGAUGAAGGGAAUAGCAAACUCUUGCUUGGUUGUUUCUACUCUUAUUACUAUUGGAAUAUUUUCUACUACAUUCAAUAUACCAAGUGGUGUCAAUGACAAUACAGGAAUCCCUAGCUUCUUGCAAAAAAGAUAUUUCCUGAUAUUUGGCACGUCUAAUGCAUUUGCAAUGAUCUCAUCCUCAACCUCCACAGUCAUUUUCUUGUCCAUCCUCAUCUCACGCUAUGCAGAGCAGGAUUUUCGCAAGUCACUACCAUUUAAGUUGAUAUCUGGAUUGGCUGCACUUAUCAUCUCCAUGAUAAGCAUGAUGAUAGCUUUUGGUAGCGCUUUCUUUGUGACUCAUUAUCAGGGUUUGAUCUGGGUUCCUAGCUUCAUUUCUGUUAUUGCUUUUGUACCUAUAUUUUUAUUGGCAUUUUGGCUAUUCCCAGUUUGGUCUGAUAUAGUCUAUUCAGCCUACUUUUGUAGGACUCUUUUUUGGCCAAGUAAGCAUAUGCUUUACUAUGGUUAAAAAAAAAAAAAACAUAUGCUUUGCUAAAGAGUAAAGUAGGCAAUUGUCAUUGUAAGUGAUGGAUCUCUUCGUGUAAUGUAUUGACUUAGUUUAA